AUGUCAGCUCGUACAGUCAACGGAGACGUUGUGGCGGACAUCCCCCGUCACACACCGGGGAACCUCCAGCACAUGACGAGCCCCGACAGCCGGAGUCCCAGCAGCAGCGGAGGCAGCGGCGGCAGCGGCGGCAACGGGCACACGGGGCCGGACGCGGCGGGAGGUGGAGCGGGAGGAGCGGGAGACAUGUACGGGGAGUUUCAACACUGGUGCCUGCGGACAUACGGGGAUUCCGGGAAGACCAAGACCGUAACCAGGCGUAAAUACAACAAAAUCCUCCAGACUCUACUCCAGGGAGAUGAGGAGAACAACAACAGCUCGGUGUUCCUGCAGGAGAAAGCCAGCAACAGUCACAUCAACGCCAAAUUCAAAUUCUGGGUCAAGUCCAAGGGGUUCCAGGUCGGGACGGAGCCGGCCGGGAGGAGCGCAGGGGCGGACGGGCUGGUGCUCUACGUCCCCAUCAAGACAGCGAGUGUGGAUAGAGUUUCGGGCGCAGACCUCUCUCUGAAGCGAGUGGCUGUGGUGGAGGACUUCUUUGACAUCAUCUAUGCCAUGCACGUGGAGAUGAGCCCCGACCCCAGCAAAGCCCCCAAGCACGCUGGGCAGAAGAAGACCUACAAGGCGAUCGCAGAGACAUAUGCGUUCUUACCGCGCGAGGCAGUCACGCGCUUCCUCAUGAGCUGUGCAGAGUGUCAGAAGAGGAUGCACGUCAGUACCGGACAGGAACUCAAAGAAAACGGCGGUGUAACUCCGCUGGUUGCCGAGGAGACCAUAGACUUCAACAUGCCCCUGACCACCACCUACAUGAAGCGCAUGAGACUGCACUAUAUGAACCACAACAAGGAUGACAGUUCAGUGAGCAGCGAGGAGGAGGCCGACAUGAGCGAGCCCACAUGGCUAACAGCGGACAGGGGCCCCUCGUCCGACCUGAGCCCAGGCAGCCGCGCGGGGGACCGGAGGAGACACAGCAAGGACGACGACGAUGAUUCGUCGUCCGAGAGCGGCAGUGGGAACGGCCUGCCCACCCUAACCCCUCCCACAUCCAUCGUCAGGGAAACGGAGGUCAUCAACAGUAACGGAGUCCCUGCCCCUUUAGACUUCAGCACGCCCACUUCCUCCUCAUCAUCCUGUGAGGAGCAACAGCCUGUGGCCCCUCCCCCCUCCGGUCAGCGCCUGGCCCUUAGCUCCGCCCACUUACCAGUGACCGUCUCUGCUGCCGCGGCUGCCCUUUUGGGGGCGCUGCAUCCUGCUGCACCGGAGGAACUGCGCAGGAAGUACCCGCUGUCCUCCAAACCUCCACUCGCCUCGCACCCCGCCCUGCCACUCCCACUGCCCCACAACGCACACACCCCCGCUGCCCUGAGCCAAUCACACGCCUCUGAGCUCAGGCUGGAGCGGGAUGCAAGGGAUUAUGGGAGCAAGUCUCCUCAGUACAGCUCCGGUGGCAGUUAUGAGAGUGUAAACAGUGUGAGCAGUGUGAAGAUGGACCUAUCGGCCGAGGACCUGACCAUGGGUCGUCAUGGCAACCAGGCCACCCCUGACGACGACGAUGAUGACCAUGAUGACCACGACGACACGGACAAGAUGAACGAUGCCGAGGGAGUGGACCCCGAGAGACUCAAGGCCUUCAAUAUGUUCGUGCGCCUCUUUGUGGAUGAGAACCUGGAUCGCAUGGUGCCCAUCUCCAAACAGCCCAAGGAGAAGAUCCAGGCCAUCAUCGAGUCGUGCUCCCGGCAGUUCCCCGAGUUCCAAGAGAGGGCGCGCAAACGCAUCCGCACCUACCUCAAGUCCUGUCGCCGCAUGAAGAAGAACGGCAUGGAGACACGGCCCACCCCUCCUCACUUGACCUCGGCCAUGGCAGAGAACAUCCUGGCAGCCGCGUGUGAGAGCGAGUCCCGCAACGCGGCCAAGAGGAUGCGCCUGGAAACAUAUCAUGAGGACCUCUCUCUGGAGAAGCCCUCUGCGGUGGGCCUAAGGGAGCCCGCGUCCCUGGCUCACUCGGCCUACUCUCUGGCCGCCUCUGCCUUCUCGUCCCAGGACAGCCAGCUCUACAUCAACGGGGCGGGGCUAAGCUAUGGGUACCGCACCUACCCCACUAUGGGCGCCAUGACACACCCGGUCUCACUCACCACUACUCAGACCAAUGGACCCACAGACCUCAGCAUGAAGUCCCUGUCCUCCACUCUGACCAACUCCCACAACGCCAACAGCCUCGGGGGGCGGAGCAACAGUGGUGCGGCGGGAGGGGGCGGAGCUUCCACUCAGCUCAGCCAACCGGAGAUCACGGCUGUGCGUCAGCUCAUCGCCGGGUACCGGGAGUCCGCCGCGUUCCUGCUCCGCUCCGCUGACGAGCUGGAGAAUCUCAUCCUCCAACAAAACUGAAGAAUUUGGACCGGAUUUAUGGGGAAUUUUGUGUUUGUCUUUUUCCUCCUUACGACUGAUUGAACGCCAUUUUGAUCGGGACCAAGAAGGAGCAAAUCAUUUCUAAUCAACAAAAAAAAAUAUUCCAUGAUUGAACUUUAGCGUCUCCUCUCGCCUCACAAUCAAAACUGCAUUCAUUUCGCAGAGUGCAGAGAGGCGUCGGGAAGGAGACUGCAAUUUGAAAAUGUCUAAAAAACUUAAUCAAAAACUUUUCAAAGUCACUGUGGAGGGCCUUGAUUGACGGAUGCCCUGACC